AUGGCGGGGCGGCGGGCCGGGGUCCCCGCGGGGGCCGGGGCGCUGCUGGCGUUGCGGGCGUGGCUGGCGCUGCGAGCGCUGCCCGGCGCCGCCGCGCACCCGCAGUGCCUGGACUUCAGGCCGCCCUUCCGGCCGCCGCAGCCGCUGCGCUUCUGCGCGCAGUACUCGGCCUUCGGCUGCUGCACCGGCGAGCGGGACGCGGCGCUGGCCCGCCGCUUCGGGGCCCUGGCGGCCCGCGUGGACGCCGCGACGUGGGCGACGUGCGCCGGCUACGCGCUGGACCUGCUGUGCCAGGAGUGCUCGCCCUACGCAGCCCACCUGUACGACGCCGAGGACCCCGCCACGCCCCUGCGGACGGUGCCGGGCCUCUGCGAGGACUACUGCCUGGACAUGUGGCAGACGUGCCGGGGCCUCUUCCGCCACCUCUCCCCGGACCGAGAGCUCUGGGCGCUGGAGGGCAACCGUGCCAAGUUCUGUCGCUACCUGUCCCUGGAUGACACCGACUAUUGCUUCCCGCGCCUGCUGGUCAACGAGAACCUGAACUCGAACCUGGGCCGCGUGGCUGCCGACGCCAAGGGCUGCCUGCAGUUGUGUCUGGAGGAGGUGGCCAACGGGUUGCGCAACCCCGUGGCCCUGGUCCACGCCAAGGACGGCAGCCACCGCUUCUUCGUGGCCGAGCAGGUGGGGCUGGUGUGGGCCUACCUACCUGACCGCUCCAGGCUGGAGAAGCCUUUCCUGAACAUCAGCAGAGCCGUGCUCACCUCGCCCUGGGAGGGCGACGAGCGGGGCUUCCUGGGCCUGGCUUUCCACCCGCGUUUCCGGCACUCCCGCAAGGUCUACGUCUACUACUCGGUGGGCGUCGAUUUCCACGAGUGGAUCCGCAUCAGCGAGUUCAGCGUCUCCCAGGAGGACGAGAACGCCGUGGACCACCGCUCAGAGAGAAUUAUCCUGGAGAUUGAAGAGCCAGCCUCGAACCACAAUGGGGGUCAGCUGCUCUUUGGGGAUGAUGGGUACCUCUACAUCUUCACUGGAGAUGGCGGGAUGGCUGGAGACCCCUUCGGGAAGUUUGGAAAUGCCCAGAACAAGUCGGCGCUCCUGGGCAAAGUGCUGCGCAUUGACGUGGACCGGACGGAGCGCGGGCCUCCCUACCGCAUCCCACCCGACAACCCGUUCGUGGGCGACCCGGAGGCGCGGCCGGAGGUCUACGCCUUCGGCGUGCGCAACAUGUGGCGCUGCUCCUUCGACCGCGGCGACCCUGCGACGGGCGCCGGCCGCGGGCGCCUCUUCUGCGGGGACGUGGGCCAGAACAAGUUCGAGGAGGUGGACCUGGUGCAGCCAGGCCGCAACUACGGCUGGCGCGCGCGCGAGGGCUUCGAGUGCUACGAUCGCAAGCUGUGUGCCAACGCCUCCCUGGACGAUGUGCUGCCCAUUUUCGCCUAUCCACACAAGCUAGGCAAGUCGGUGACGGGGGGCUACGUGUACCGUGGCUGCGAGUACCCCAAUUUGAAUGGCCUCUAUAUUUUUGGAGAUUUUAUGAGUGGGCGUCUGAUGUCCCUCCGAGAGACCCCAGGGACAGGCCAGUGGCAGUACAAUGAGCUCUGCAUGGGCCGUGGCCAGACUUGUGCAUUCCCAGGUCUCAUCAACAACUACUACCCACACAUCAUCUCCUUUGCAGAGGACGAGGCUGGGGAGCUGUACUUCAUGUCCACCGGAGUGCCAAGCGCCACGGCCGCACAUGGCGUCAUCUACAAGGUGAUCGACCCGUCCAGGCGGGCGCCCCCCGGCAAGUGUCAGAUCCACCCUGCCCAGGUGAAGGUGAGGAGCCACCUCAUCCCCUUUGUGCCCAAAGAAAAGUUCAUGCGGACCCGGGAGAGCACCCCGCGACCCCCAUCGCCGGCGCCCACCAAGGCGCCCCGUCGCGGCCGCCCCACGGCCCCUCCUCCGCCCAGGCCCACCUCCAGGCCCGCCCGGCCCACGCGGCGGCCAGGGGCCCGCAGGGGCGGUGGACGGCGGCGGGGGCGGCCCAGCGCCCCGGGGCCCGCGUCCGUCCCCGCCCCCUCCCCGGGGGACGUGCGCCUGGUGCGGCCCGCGGGGCUGGGCGCCGGGCGCGGCCGCGUGGAGGUGUUCGCGGGCGGCCGCUGGGGCACGGUGUGCGACGACGCGUGGGACGCCGGCGCGGCCGCCGUGGUGUGUCGCCAGCUGGGCUUCGCCCACGCGGUGCGAGCCGCCAAGCGCGCCGAGUUCGGCGAGGGCCGCGCGCUGCCCAUCCUGCUGGACGACGUGCGGUGCCGGGGCCGGGAGCGCAGCCUGCUGGAGUGCGCGCACGCCGGCCUGGGCACGCACAACUGCGGGCACCACGAGGACGCGGGCGUCGUGUGCAGCCACACCGACCCGGACUUGUAG